AAGAAAACAGAGCGCCAUUAUCGGUGAAAGCUGUGGUUGUUCCUUGAAAUCCGAUUCUGAUUCCUUCCUUUUGGAUCCGAUUCUAUCUCCACCUUCAAGCACAAUAUUCGACUCGGUACUCUCUCUUUCUUCUUCUUAUUGCAAAAAGAUUCUCUUUUUAUCUGUUUUGUGGAUAUAGAGAUUCUGGAUAAAAACAAUCAUCUUUUUUCUCUCAAAAAUCUCUGCUUAAGAACUGGGAUUCUUCAAAAGCUCUUCUCUUGUCUGAUUUCUUCUGAAUUUCCCCUCUAAGUCUCUCCAAUUCUUCUCCAUUAGCUAUAAAGUCGAUUCCUUUAUCACCGUUCUGAAGAAUUUGGUCGAAAGUUUUGGCCUUUAGUACCCAAUUUUCAAUCCUGGCGAUAACUGAAUUGAAAAGGGUUCCAAAAGUUACAUCACCUGAAAACAACAGUGCUUUUGAUUGUGUUGGUGGUUUGGAGUGCUUGAUAAGUUUAAUCAGGGCCCUUGAUAUGGGGUCCUGCUUAUCAUCAUCUGGAGGUGGAGGAAGCAGGAGAUCUCUCCAUGGCUCUCCUCAUGUUCCUGGUCCUGGGAGGAGGAAGAGGCCUCCCAAGAGGAGACCUGGGUCUUGUAGUUCUUCGUUUGAUAACACCGAGGAGCCACUUCUUCAUAGGAUCCCUGGAAGGAUGUUUUUGAAUGGCUCUACAGACACCGUGUCUCUCUUCUCUCAACAGGGCAAGAAAGGACCUAAUCAGGACGCUAUGAUUGUUUGGGAGAAUUUUGGGUCUAUGGAGGACACUGUGUUUUGUGGUGUUUUUGAUGGUCAUGGUCCGUAUGGUCACAUUGUUGCAAAGAGAGUGAGGGAUUUGCUUCCACUCAAGUUAGGUUCUCAUUUGGAGUCCUAUGUGUCCCCUGAGGAGGUUCUUAAAGAGAUUAGCCUUAACACUGAUGAUAGAAAGAUCUCAGAAGACCUUGUACAUAUAUCUGCCAAUGGAGAAUCACGAGUCUACAAUAAGGAUUAUGUGAAGGAUCAAGAUAUGAUUCAAAUGCUAAUAGGCUCAAUUGUUAAAGCCUACAGAUUCAUGGAUAAGGAAUUGAAGAUGCAAGUUGAUGUUGAUUGUUUUUGCAGUGGAACAACUGCAGUUACCAUGGUUAAGCAGGGUCAACAUCUUGUUAUCGGGAAUAUCGGGGAUUCAAGAGCAGUAUUGGGUGUGAGGAACAAAGACAAUAAACUUGUUCCUUUUCAAUUAACUGAAGAUCUCAAACCAGAUGUUCCAGCUGAAGCAGAAAGGAUAAAGAGAUGCAGAGGACGUAUAUUUGCUCUUCGAGAUGAACCGGGAGUUGCCCGUCUGUGGCUUCCUAACCACAACUCACCUGGUCUAGCCAUGGCACGUGCUUUUGGAGAUUUUUGCCUCAAAGACUUCGGUCUAAUUUCUGUACCUGACGUCUCCUACCGACGCCUCACUGAGAAGGAUGAAUUUGUUGUCUUGGCAACUGAUGGGGUAAGAAACAUCCAAGCUCAAUGUCAGAAUAAGUGUGGACUAGUGAGCUCAUUCUCUUAAGAACUUUGGAUAUAUGUGUUAUGGACGUAGCAACCUAUACUCUUCUAGCUGUUAAGUACAUUUUUCUCUCUUAAAAAUUUGCUAGAUUUGGGAUGCAUUGACGAAUGAAGAGGUUGUAAAGAUAGUAGCGAAAGCUCCAACGCGUUCCUCAGCAGGUCGAGCAUUGGUGGAGGCUGCAGUGCGUAACUGGAGAUGGAAGUUCCCGACUUCAAAAGUCGAUGACUGUGCCGUAGUUUGCCUAUUCCUUGACUCCGAACCAAACAGAUUGUCAACUGCUUCUUUCUCAAAAGAAAAACACAUCAACAAUGGCGUUACUGAACCUGAACCAGACACAGCAUCAUCAUCAACUCCAGACUCAGGAACCGGAUCGCCUGAGCUCAAUGGAGUCAACAGAAUCGAUACACUUGUGAAUCUCCCAGUAUAUGUCCCAACCAAAGAGUAGGAAGAUAGAACAGAGCCAGGAGCUCAAUGUCUCCUAUGCUCUAUGUUUCUAUCAACAGUUACUGUUUUGGUCAUUUACCUCGGGUAAAAUUACUGUUACACGCCCGUGCUCGUGUGUGACUCAUUGUAUAUAUCUUCUUUUUCAAAUCAUUGUAAUACUUUUGCUACAGACUCUCUUUACUUUGUUAAUAAAUUUCUGAUGCUCCAAUUGAGUUUUUCGUAGCACUUGUUUGAGCAAAUUUUGUUUGUUGGAA